UUUUUUUUUUUAAUUUCUUUUUUUUUCACCCAUUUAACAACAUUAAUAAAAUGGAGUCGACUAAUGAAACAUUAAUUAAAACAAUAAAUGCAGUUCCUUCAACUGAUGUUAUAUAUAAAGUAACAGAGUUAUCAAUGUCACAAGAGCAACCAUCACGCUCUCUAUUUACAAAAAUGAUUGGAUUUGUACCAAUGCUUUUACUGAAAAUAGCUAGUUUUGCCACUAUAUCCGUUCCUGUCUUCUUUUAUCGUCUCCUUACAUGGUCUUUUACACUUCAUCUUAAUUUUACUUCGUUAUUGAUUAUUUUAGGUAUAAUUGCUACUAUUGCUUAUUUGAUCGUUCGAUAUCGUUUCUUGACAAAAUAUUCAAGGUUAAAGCCUAUCAAUAAACCUCCCAAGGUAGCUUCUUCAUUUGAUUUGCAUCCUGAUACAGGUGAUGAAGAUUUUGCGGGUUAUUCAAAGCCAGGUAGUUACAAAAAUUAUCCCGAUGAAUUUUUAUCGGCAUUUUUGUCCUCGAUCAAAAUUUUUGGUUAUUUGGAACAGCCUGUGUUUCAUGAAUUAGCUCGUCAUCUUCAAACUAAAAAAUUGUUAGCCGGUGAUACUCUUUUUAGAAAUCCGGAACAAGAACGCUCCUUUUAUAUAGUUGUUGAUGGACAUGUGCAAGUCUUUGUUAAACCAGACGACGAUGACAACAAACAUGAUAGUGAUAUUGAUUCAGAUAAUGAGAAUUUCAGUUAUUUUGAUAAAAGUGAUGAGUUUUUGGGGUUAGAGCAUGAAAAGGAAAGGAGUGAUAAGUUUAAAAAAUAUACUUUAAUUAAUGAGGUCAAUGCGGGCGGAACUUUGUCUAGUUUAUUUACUAUCCUAUCUAUCUUCAGAGAAAGUUUUAAUCGUGCUGAAGCUAGGGAAAAACAACGUCAGAAGUCUGUUUCAUCUAUAAAUCGUCUUCGUAUGAAUCCUCUUUAUAAUGAUACUACAAAUGACAUGAAUAGAGAUGUCUCUUCAGAUGAUUGGCGUCAAGUAUUUCCUAGUCUAGAAGAUCCUUUAACAAUCACUAAGCCUGCUUUUCCUACAGAGCUUACUUUAGAAGAUACCAUGUUAAGUCCUAGGAGUAGAAGUCAAUCAUUACAACGGCAGCACCAGCAGCAGCAGCAGCAGCGUUUCACAACAAGUGAUCAAGAAGAAAAUGACCCAUUUAUCGAUAAAAAUACUCAAAACCUUGGUCAAAUUGAACCUUUAAACAUCAGUAGCACGCCUAUAGCUCUACAAAGCUUUUCUUCUACUUCUUCUUCCCAGAUACAGCCUUCUACUAUGAUUCAAACUUUUAAAUCAGAAUCCUCACAUCGUCGUAGAAAUAGUCUCUCUCGUCGCUCCUAUAGAUCAGUUCAUCCAAAUAUUAUCGCACGUGCUACUGUUGAUACCACAUUAGCCGUUAUACCUGAAGAGGCUUUCCAUAAGUUGACUCAAAAAUUCCCAAAAGCAGCAGCUCAUAUCGUUCAGGUUAUCGUAACCCGUUUUCAACGAGUUACACUAAUGACAAGUCAUCGAUACCUUGGAUUAACAAAGGAGUUAUUAAAAUUAGAGAAGCUAGUGAAUGAAUCUGCUAGUUUAUAUGAAUUACCUUCUGAUUUUUUUGUGCCUGGUGGUAUGGAUCGAUUAAGACGUAAAUUUAAUGAUGAAGAAGGAUUAUCUAAAGAUGGUGAAGGCAUCCUAACUGCGCCCUCGGAAAUCAGUCGAAGUGAAAGUUCUGGUCUUAUUCAGGCAAUUGGCAUUAUUGAUAUUCCUGGUACACCUUCUUUACAUGCUCACAAUUCCGCUAAUGGAAGCAUUAACAAUAACAACAACAACAAAAAUAACAAUAACACUCUUUCAUCUUCACCUAUAUCAGUUAAUAACAAAGGGGGUUCUCCUCCUUUACUUCAUCAAAAAAUCAAUAGAAGAGGCGAGUAUAGUAUGGAAGAUGAUGAGCAUUUGCGAGCUUCUGUUAUGCAUUGUGUUUCCGAUGCUUUAGGUAUUAAAAUCAAAGCAUUACCUUCUUCCUCCUCUAUUUCCAAUACGGAUACUUCGAUAGGUCAUCAUCCUUCUCUACGUUCCUUUCAACGAUCUUCUCUGCAUACUGGUAACCAUCGACAUUACUCUCAUUAUCCUAUGGAUCUCUUUUCUCAUACUGGAACUGUUGAUUCCAGCGCAUCACCCUCAUUAGAUGCUUAUGAUAAUUCUUAUUCUCAUGAUGAUGAUCUAGAUGUUCGUUCAACUGCAUCCUCUACUCAUUCUGGCAAUACUAGUUUCGAUCUAUUUAGUAGUAGUAGUAGUAAUAACCAUCAUAGUAGAAAUUCAGAACCUAUUCAUCCUGAUGAUAUUCAAAUCUUAUAUUUUCCUAAGGAUGCUGUCUUAGUUAAAGAGGGCUCUCAUAAUAAUGGUCUAUUCUUUGUCAUUGAUGGUCUUCUUGAAGCCUCCAUGACAUCUACAGCAGAGGAAAUAGAAGAUGAAACUGGUAUGGGUCAUCGUAAAGAUCAGAGUGUCAAAGUCAAAAACAAGAUUGAUUAUCAAUCAUUCAUGGGCCAUCAUAAAUCUCGUAUGGAUGAUAACGAUUUUAACUUGUCACGUACUUCUUCUAUUUCAUCUAUAAUCCCUCAACAACAAAACUCUGAUAAACCUAUAGAACCUGCAAAGAGUAAUAGUACAAGUGCAAAAGUAGAUCAAACAGUAGCCUCUGAGGCCCCCGCUGGUCGAACAAACGAAAUCAACCGAAAUGAAAAAGAUAGAGAAAGAGUCAAGAAGCCCUUAUUUACCCUAAAUCCAGGUAGCUUUGCCAAUUACCUUGAUGCCCUUACUGGCUUCCCUAGUCUUGUUGAAAUUAGGGCUAAAACGGAUACUUAUGUUGGCUAUGUUUCCAAAAAGAGGCUAGAUCGAAUUACUGAUAAAAAUCCCACCGUGAUGUUAAAGCUUGCCAAUCAACUUGUAGGUCAUGUUAGUCCUUUAAUUCUUCAUAUUGAUAUCUCCUUGGAAUGGAUGCAAGUAAGUGCUGGUCAAAUUAUCUGUAAGGAAGGUGAACCUAGUGACGCUAUCUAUAUGGUGCUUCAUGGUCGAUUAAGAACAAUUCAUGAAAAGAAAGAAGGAGAAAUAGAGAUUCUUGGUGAAUUUGGUCAUGGUGACAGUGUUGGAGAGUUAGAAGUUUUAACUGGAGUACCUACUGCGUCUACACUUCACGCUAUUCGUGAUACUGAACUUGCUCGUAUGCCAAAAACUUUAUUUAACGCCCUAGCACUUCGACAUCCAGAAAUCUCUUUACAAAUUUCCCGUAUGGUUGCCUUCCGCUCACUUCAGCUAACCACUCAUCGUAACUCGUCCAGCUAUGGCCCUGAUGUAUUUCAUAUUAAAUCAAGUGCAGAUGCCUCUGCAGCUAUCUCUUCCAUUGCUAAUAAUAAUUAUAAUAAUAAUAAUAGUAGUAGUAGUAGUAAUAGCUAUCCUGAAUUAUAUGGUCGAAAUAAUGUCAAUCUUAAAACAAUUGGUAUUAUCCCUGUUAAUUCAUCUGUCCCUAUUACUGAAUUUGGUGAGAGUUUAAAGACUGAACUCAUACAUUCAGUGGGCGCAACCUGUGCUUUAUUAAACAGUGCAACCGUAACAACUAUUAUGGGGAAAUAUGCAUUCUCUCGUUUAGGUAAACUCAAGAUGGCAUCUUGGCUUGCAGAGCAAGAAGAAAAAUAUAGAAUUAUCUUGUAUCUUGCUGAUAGUGGUGUUACAUCUCGAUGGACUCGAACAUGUAUCCGUCAAUCUGAUUGUAUUUUAUUGGUCGGCCUUGGUGAUGGUGAUCCCUCCGUGGGUGAAUAUGAACGUUUCUUAAUUAACAUGAAGACCACAGCACGUAAAGAACUUGUUUUAUUGCAUGGUGAAAGAUCAUGUAUUUCUGGCACAACUCAAAAUUGGUUAAAGAAUCGUCUAUGGAUUCAAGCACAUCAUCAUAUUUACAUGCCAAUGAAACAGCAUACAACAUUUGCAGCCACUGAGCGUUUUAGACCACCAUGGUUAGCAGAACAAGGACGCAAGAUGACGGCAGGUUCAAUUAAUAUGCUUGCUAAUGUCAAGGAUCAACUUAAGGUUUAUUACUUUGUUGUCCCUAAUUUUGGUCGUCUACUGGAUAUGAAGAAACCAAAUGCGAAUGCGAUAAGUACGAUGAAUUCACCCUCUCGUAAUGAUUUUGCUCGUUUAGCUCGUCGACUUUGUGGUAAAUCCGUAGCCUUAGUUUUAGGCGGUGGUGGUGCUCGUGGUAUUGGUCACGUUGGCGUGAUUCAAGCUAUUGAAGAAGCGGGUAUCCCGAUUGAUAUUAUCGGAGGUACUAGUAUUGGUAGUUUUGUAGGUGGGCUCUAUGCUCGUAACAUGGACCUGGUAUCUGUGAUCGCAAGAAGUAAGAUGUUUGCGGGGCGAGUAUCGAGUAUCUGGAGACAGAUCAUGGACCUCACAUAUCCUGUAACAGCUUGGUUUACAGGACAUGAGUUUAACCGUGCAGUUUGGAAAUGCUUAGGCGAUAGCCAAAUUGAAGAUUAUUGGUUACCAUUUUAUGCUGUUACCACGAAUAUCACCUUCUCAAAGAUGGAGGUCCAUACGACAGGUUACGCUUGGCGAUACAUUCGUGCAUCCAUGUCACUCUCAGGCUAUAUGCCACCUAUCUGUGACAAUGGCAACAUGCUCGUGGAUGGAGGUUACAUGGAUAAUUUACCUGUCUCCGUCGCGAAAAACAUGGGUGCGGAUAUCAUUAUAGCUGUCGAUGUAGCCUCUGAAGAUGAUACAAGUCCAGUUCACUAUGGUGAUUCCAUCAGUGGCUGGUGGGCGCUCUUACAUGGCAUGAACCCCUUCAGAACAUAUAAUAUUCCAAGUAUCGCGGAUAUCCAAAGUCGAUUGGCUUACGUCAGUAGUGUAGCUAAACUUGAAGAAGCUAAAGUGACUGAUGGUACACUGUACUUGAAAUUACCUGUUCAGCAAUACAGUACACUUGAAUUCUCAAAAUAUAAUAAAAUCUUUCAAACAGGCUAUGAAGUCGGCCGAGAGGUUGUGAAUAAAUGGAGAAAAGCGGGUUAUGCCUCUGGUAGAAUUACGAAUUCAGAUAAAGACUAUCGACUCACAGGAAAGGAAGUAAAAGGAACACGAGGAAGACGAAAUAGUAUUUAAAAAUUGUCUUCUCUGAUAUAUUAAAACACACACACACACAUCUUAAUUUUAAUCUAUACACAUAUUUAUUAUUUAUAUACAAUUAAUAAUAUAAGAGU